GAAAUACAUGUAGCCCAUUGCGUAACUUUGUGCUUAACGAAAAGCAAACAAGUCGAAAGAUCAAAACAUUUGAGGAAGUUUUGCCCAUACAGCAGUUUUCUUACCAAAAAAGGUCUUCAUGACAUAUCUAUAUUGAUGGAUUCUGUAAUGGGGUCUUUAGUUGCUAUAUCAGGGGGUUGUGCUAUACUUCGACCUUGGGAGGCGCUAGUGAUUGGCGGAUUAGGAGCACUAUUCGUGCUUCUGGCUAUUCCAAUCAUUGACUGGCUGCAUAUUGAUGACCCAGUUAACACAUUUGCUGUUCAUGGUGUUGGAGGUUUGUGGGGUAUGCUAGCCAUUGGACUGUUGAGCGAGCGUGAUUUCUUAAGGAACUAUACACGUGGACUAUCUGGACUACUUUUUGGAGGCGGCUGGCAACUACUAGGUGUACAAGCUCUUUCAGCAGGUGUUCUGAUUUGCUGGAGUGUGGUUACAUCAGUCAUUCUUCUAAACCUUGUUAAAAUCACUCUAGGUUUGAGAAUGACUGUUGAUGAAGAAAUUAUGGGUCCAGACUUUGUAGAUCACUGUAUUCAACAUGAUGGAAACAGAAGUAUCCUUAAUGCAUUGCGUCAGCGCAUGGACGACUUAUGUAGGACAGAGGUUGCUACCCCUGACAAAAGUCAUGUUGAAAGAAAAACGCCAAUGCAAAGAUGUGGAAGAAGCUUGAAAAGUCACUAAGGCGUUAACAACGAAGUGAUUUAAACACAAAUAGAAGGAAGAUAUUUUGUAACUGUUUUAAUUAUGUUUGAUUUAUAAUCAAUGUUAGUAAUGCUUACGAGAGUAGACAUGCAAACUAAAUAUUCUUCAAACUAUUUGAAUUUUUAUGUUAUUAUAAAAUGUUAAUCUACCAAAUGGAAUCACUUUGUAAUUCGAAAUUUAAAUAUAGGAUAUAACU